AUGCUCAGCCCCGAGCAGUCCCCAGCGCCUGUCCCUGUACCGAAUUCGCCCAUCUACAUCGAGAUUUCAUCCGACAGUGCUAUGUCCCUUGAGCACGCCGAUAGUCAAGCUCCGGUUGAAUCUCCGAUCCGCAUGCCCCCACUGCCGAGUCAGAACCAAGAGCAGCCGCAACAGCCUGAGUACUCAACCGCGGAAGCCAUCGCGAGUUGGAACCAGUACUGGGAGCCAUACCUUGCGGACUUGCGGAAUGGGACUUACUGUCCUCCCGUGAUCCGCGACUGGCUGCAACCGUAG